GUCACCUACGAGACCUGCUGGGGCUACUACGACGUGAGCGGCCAGUACGACAAGGAGUUCGAGUGCAACAACAGCGAGAGCGGCUACCUGUACUGCUGCGGCACCUGCUACUACCGCUUCUGCUGCAAGAAGCGCCACGAGAAGCUGGACCAGCGCCAGUGCAACAACUACCAGAGCCCCGUGUGGGUGCAGACGCCCAGCACCAGGGUGGUGUCGCCGGGGCCCGAGAACAAGUACGACCCCGAGAAGGACAAGACCAACUUCACCGUCUACAUCACCUGCGGGGUGAUCGCCUUCGUCAUCGUGGCCGGCGUCUUCGCCAAGGUCUCCUACGACAAGGCCCACCGCCCUCCGCGGGAGAUGAACAUCCACAGGGCUCUGGCUGACAUCUUGAGACAACAGGGACCAAUCCCCAUAGCACACUGUGAAAGAGAAACGAUCUCGGCCAUCGAUACCUCCCCCAAAGAGAGCACGCCGGUCAGAUCGUCCUCCAAAAACCACUACACGCCUGUGCGCACGGCCAAGCCACCUCCAGGACAUUAUGGGAAAGAUGCUCACCGAAGUGGAGGAGCUGAUCUCCAUAACUUCAUCUCGUCCGGAUUUGUCACGUUAGGAAGAGGACACUCGAAGGGUGAUCAUCAGUAUAACCACCCGAUUCUAAGCAGUGCUACCCAGACCCCUACACAUGAGAAGCCACGAGUGAACAACAUCCUGACAUCAGCCACUGAGCCCUAUGACCUGUCCUUCUCCCGCUCCUUCCAGAACUUGGCCCACCUUCCCCCGUCCUACGAGUCUGCAGUGAAGAGCCACCCCAGCAAGUACUCUUCCCUGAAGAGGCUAACCGACAAGGAGGCUGAUGAGUAUUACAUGAGGAGGCGGCACCUGCCCGACCUGGCUGCCCGGGGCACCCUGCCCCUCAACGUCAUCCAGAUGUCCCAGCAGAAGCCCUUGCCUCGGGAGAGGCCCCGCCGGCCCAUCCGCGCCAUGUCGCAAGACAGGGUCCUGUCCCCCGAGCGGCGCCUGCCCGAUGACUUCUGCCUGCCCUACGACCGCAUUCUGUCGGAUGAGCAGCUGCUCUCCACCGAGCGCCUGCACUCCCAGGACCCCCUGCUGUCCCCCGAGCGGACGGCCUUCCCCGAGCAGUCCCUGUCCAGGGCCAUCUCGCACACGGACGUCUUCGUGUCCACGCCCAUGCUGGACCGCUACCGCAUGACCAAGAUGCACUCCCAUCCCAGUGCCUCCAGUAACUCCUACGCCACCCUGGGCCAGAGCCAGACGGCUGCCAAGCGCCAGGCCUUCGCCUCGCGCAGACACAACACGGUGGAGCAGCUGCACUAUAUCCCCGGCCACCACACCUGCUACACAGCCAGCAAGACCGAGGUGACCGUGUGAUGCACCGGACAGGGCCAGGCGCCUGGCAGGGCGGGGCAGGGCAGGGCAGGAGGGACCUGGAGCAGAGCUUCUAGCCCCACAGGGCUCCCUUCCAUUGUCCCCUCUGCAGGAGGUGGGGGUGGGCUAUCUUUGCCCAGAAAGCCAUCCUCCCAGACAGAGCCCGUGGCCUGGCACAGCACGCUCAGACCUGGGGUCUGAGCAAUCGCUCCCUCCUCCAGGAGAGUCCGGGGGAGUGAGGAGAGGGGCUAGGCCCAGUCCCACCCCACCACCAUCACCAACUCCCUUUCAGUUCCAUGUCCUCUCCCCCCCUUCCUGGGGCUCAGCUGCAGGCCUGUCAGCCAAGAGGCCCUGGCCUGACCCGGGUCCGAAGCUGCCUGGGUUCGAAUAGGCCAGCAGGUGCAGUCAAUGGGCUGACCGAAUAGGCUACUCGGUCUCAUUCAUUCACCUAGAACUGCAUUCCCGGAAUCUUCUAGUGCCUAAAAACUGCCUGCUCGCUCUCGGAGACAGGGAGCUGCUGUGUCCAUAAGCACAAUAACGAUUUUCUCUGCCUGCUGG